UGAACUAAGCUAGCUAGUGGCUAGUGGCAAUUAGCUACCUUCUAAAGUUGGUCAGAGGAGCGUCAAAACAGCCACGUUUGUCAACGACCAAGUAAAGUAAUCUGUCUCUGCUUUAGUUUGCUAAGCUAAUGUUAACAUUGUCAGUCUGACGCAGCAUUAGCAAUGUUAGCCAACGUCAUAUUGCUAACUACGUUUAGCGUAUUUGCUCUUGUAUUCCAUAACAUACAGUUACAGCUAGCUAGGAGCGAUUCGUACACGUUAGCUUUGGAAAGGAUACACAGGGUGUUUUAAUUUAUGUGUGUGAGGCUCAGAGCCUCCAACAUUAGGGCCAAGAAUAUUUUCUUUAAAAUUAAUUACAACGUAGCUAAUGUUACAUCAGUCACUUUCUUGAGUGAAAUGCAACGUCGUAGUUUCCAGUAGCAGACUAAUAAAUGAGCCACCAUGAGACUCAGUUAUUUGUAAAAUUAACUUAGUUAGGGCUGCAACUGUAUUAUGUUCAUUAUCCGUUAAUCUUCCAGUUAUUUUCUGGAUUAAUAGAUUAAUCGUUUGGCCCAUAAAAUGUCAGAAAAUAGUGAAAAGUUGCCAAAAAAAGCAAGUGGUGUAUUCAGGUUGGAGAAUAUGGUUGUGAAUCUCUGUCUGCCACACUUUUAUACAACAGUGCAUUGCAACAAGCUGUGUGCAGAUGGCUAUGAUGUCACAAACCUUGUGUCAGCCGACCCUGCCCUCCGGAGGCGGGGCUUCAAGCUGGAGUACUUCCUACGUCCACCUGUACAGGUGACUUUAAAGUUUGGCUUUCAGGUGGAGCUGUGCAGGGUGGAUGUGGAGUUGUGGUCCUGGGGUAUGGACCGAGGACAGGCCUGCAAGAGACUGGAAAUCAGCACCAGCUCUGAUCGGUUACCCUCCCAGAAUUGUGGUCAAGGCCACAAACGGGUUCAGCAAAAGGAACAAAUGCAGAUGCAGGUAAAGGACCAGAAUGAACAGAACAGAGAAAAACAACAAGAGCAUGACAGUAAAUCUUGUAAUGGCCACCAGUGGAGUCUUCAUGCCCAACAGUGGGGUGAACAGGCUCUAGAUCAGCCUCAACGAAGGGGCCAUGUGUUCAAGUGUCAGUCAAACACUGAAUCCAGUAAUCCUGAACCAGAGUUUAAACUGGUAGGUCGUUGCGAACUUAGGGAGGAAACCCAAGUCUGUUUCACACGCUCAAAUUUUAGUCCCCGGCCCCCGCUCCUAUCUUCACUCCCACCACAACCUGCGAACUGUCGGCAAGAGGAGCUGUGGAGCCGGGGGCUGCUCUCAUUAGGCGCUGUGACACAACUUCGUGUGACUCUGCCAUUUGGUGGCGCGGCGUCUGCUCUGGGGCUCAAGGCUUUGGCCGUGUGGGGACAACCUGCUCGCUGCUGCCCUGCAGAAGAAGUGGAGAGGAUUAAAAGAGUCCACGAGGCCAGUGAAAGACGGCUGCCACGACCUGCGUUUUUUUCCCCUUCUGUCAGCCAGACAAACCCACCACUGCAAGCAGCCACACCUCCAAGCAAUCUUUCCAUCCCAGAAGAGUUCCUUGACCCGAUAACCCAGGAGGUAAUGACGCUCCCCAUGUUGCUGCCCAGUGGGGUGUCGGUGGACAACACCACACUGGAGGAGUACCAGAAGAGGGAAGCCACUUGGGGUCGACCCCUUAAUGACCCCUUCACAGGCGUCCCGUUUACUUCGACCUCCCAGCCUCUUCCUAACCCCCAACUGAAAAGCCGCAUUGACCACUUUGUCCUGCAGAAAGGGAUGAUAAGCAGGGACGGGAUGUUGGGGAGACAAGGGGAGGGAGAGAAUCCACAGGCCUCAAGACUUAUAGCCUCCAAGGUAGAUGGACAGUCCCAGAACUCUCCAUGUCUCAGUAAAAGCUCAAUAAACAAUACUGUUAUUCAAUAUAAUGCUGGCACCAGAAACACAAACAAAACUACGCAAAGAGAAGACAUUGGAUUAGGACAUUCAUCAGAUAAUGGGAAUCGCACAACUAACUCCCAGCCUCUAACUACAGAUGGUAAAUCACAGUUAGAGAGAAGAAAGAAACGAGAUCUAAGUGGAAUUUCCAAAGAAUCGACAGAAGGGUUGACAGCUGAGAAGCAACUACUACCUCAAACAAAAAGACCAAGAAAUGAUGCAGUUCCAGUCCCCAGCUGCAUCUCUCAUGAGCAGCGUUUGUCAGCCAGCCUGGAUGAGGCCCUGAUCUCCGCCCUGCAGGGCCGACCCUCCUUCACCUCAAACUUGUCCCAGCAGAGACGGGUUGCUCCUGACUCUGAACCACUGAACACCUCACAGCACUGUCAGACUGCAGGCAUGCCAACAGGUGAGAAGACGUGCUCUGCAUGUUCCUGUUCGGUCUCCGUGUACUCGAAAUCUGCAUCAUCCAUCUACCGUCUAACCUGCGGCCACUUGCUCUGCCAUUCCUGCCUGCGGAGGGAAUCACAACUAUUAAACUCUGUCACUAUAUCAACAUCCAGUCACAUCUUGUGCCACGCCUGCCAAAGCCCUACCCCACGCAGUGACAUCAUACGUGUGCAUCACUGACAGACACCGUAAAAAAGGCAAACCUAUGCCUUCAAAGCCUGUGAAGAAAUAAGGAGGAUUGUUCUCAAGGUGAUCACAGGACUGUACACCAGAUGUGGUGUAAAACAUUUACACUGAAAGUUACUGAUUCUAGAUAGAUUGUUUAUUUGGUUUGAAACUACCUCCAUCCCCCUCUUAAAAAUACAGAAUAUCUUCACAAAUGCAUCGUACUGUAUGUCUGAUGGUUGUUGAAUUAUAUGAACUGCUGAGGAGGUAAAUUAUUUCUAAACAAUCCCCAAAUUUGUCUUAACAACCCUUUUUCAUUACAUUAUUCAUCCCUCAUUUCUUUAUUUAUUUUUGUAUUAUUUCUUAUUCACACGCAUUACAAGUACUCCAAGUCUAGAAGUGAAUAAUAUUUCUUAGACUUUUCUCGGACCUUUGACGUUACAAGAUCAGAUCACAGAGGCCUCUGUUUUUAAUGUCCACAGCUGUAGAAAGGACAUCACUGAAAGCAAAGACCUUUACCAAAAUCUUGCAUAAAAGAAUGUAAAAAAACCGAAAAAAAUCAAAUGUUCUCUUCUACUGCUCCGUGUCUUAGCCUUUUCAUCGAGCAUUGAAGUAUACUUGCAACCUUUGUACAGACCCUGGAUGUGUAGAUGUGUUGAAGAUGCACAAAGAAAAGGUUGAAGGACAUGAGUACUGAGAGCAAGAGGCCAGAAGAAUUAAAGUGGAAAUUGAGUCAUCCCAAGGCUGUGUGGUCAUUGUGAAGAAACAGACGGGGUCAUGGUCAGUCUUCCACUCUUUCCUUCUUCACGCCAUUCACUACUUUACAUUCCCUGCACUCUUGUAUAGGUUUUGAAGUUUUAAGACAGUAAAUGCAGGCAGAAAAUGUAAAGAUAAGGACUUCUUGAGGUAACAUUUUAUUUGGAUAGUCCGCCUACUCUGCUCCCACUAGAUUCUGUAUCUAGUUUUAUUUUCAGUUACUUUUUACUGUUUUUCCUUUAAGGUGCUGUGUUAGGAAAUCGAUGUGUGAACAAUGUUUCCCAGCAGAGGCUACAAGUCCUCCAGUGUCCUUGCACACUUGCCCUAAUUACCUCUUAGGAGAAUGCCAUUGCGUGUACAAAAGUUAAACAAACCAAAGUCUGGAAAAACAGUAUUCAUUGGGCUUCGCAAUCACAAACAGCAUCAUUUAUAUGUUGGUUUCCCUGACAACAUUAAGCUUAACCAAGGUCAUGAUCCUGUAUCCGUUCAGUACGAGCAAAUCAGUUGUACUGCAUGUGAAACUGAGACAUCAGCUUCAUUGUUUCAGGUACAAGUGGUAGAUAAGACAUUUAAAUGAUACUAAAUCACACUGUGUAUUGGCGGGAUAUUAACUACCGCCUCUAUUUGUCAGAUUGACUGACUUUGUACAAUCACUUGUCAGCUUUUGGUGGCGCUGUAAAAGAAAAUGUAAAUCCACACUCAAACUUUAAUUGUAUUUCACUAGUGCAAUUUGUUAAUUUCAAGAUUUAUCACAGGUAUCAGGAGUUUUUCAUUUGUGAGAAGUAAUCAUUUAUUUCAUAUUGUUCAGGAGUACAGCAAUGCAAAAUAAGACCACAUUUUGUACUCACUGAAGGAUCAAGCUUGAAUGCUGUGAAGAUAAUUAAAGAACUCUUUCACACCUGCA